AUUUUAAAUAAUUUAUGUAAAAUCUAUUUCUGAGCGCCAGAACUAGUCUUGCCAUGGUUAAUGUGUAUCCAGGUGUAAGAAAAUACAUACAGGUGAAACUGCAGCUCAGUUCGUUUCUUCAGUCCUUCUCCACCCCUCUUUAGAACCUCAAGAACCUAAUAUAUCUAGAUAUACCUUGAGACGCUUAGAAUUGUGUUCUUUAUUACCGAUUUCCAGGUACCCGGAGCAGAUAUAUAGUUUAAACAUCCGACAGUCGGAGCUAAACCCUUCUCAGUGCUACUGAUCCGUCCCAGAUAAUAGUCCAGGAUGACCGUAAAGAACAUUUGCUGCUUGGGGGCUGGAUAUGUCGGGGGCCCCACCUGUUGUAUCAUUGCUCAACAAUGUCCCGAAAUAAAGGUGACUGUAGUUGAUAAAUCUGCAGACAGGAUUGCUGCCUGGAACUCAGAGGAUCUACCCAUUUAUGAACCUGGCCUCAUGGAGGUUGUCAGCCAGUGUCGAGGCCGUAAUCUAGUUUUCUCUACAGAUAUCGAGGCUGCGAUCAGAUCAGCAGAUCUUAUCUUUAUCUGCGUCAACACUCCGACCAAAACCUUCGGAAUGGGUCAGGGUAAGGCUGCCGAUCUUAAAUUUGUCGAGCUAGCCGCUAGAAUGAUCGCUGAGACUGCAGAGGAGGGAAGUGGAUUGAAGAUCGUUGUUGAGAAAUCUACUGUACCAGUCAGGGCGGCGGAAAGUAUUGGAAACAUUCUCCGUCACAAUAUUAAACCUGGAGUUAGUUAUCAAAUUUUAUCCAACCCGGAAUUCUUGGCGGAGGGUUCUGCCGUCGAAGAUCUGCUCAGUCCUGACCGGGUUCUGAUCGGUGGAGAGGAGACGGAUGCUGGAAGAUCGGCAAUAUCCGCCCUGGCAGAUGUAUAUCUAAACUGGGUGCCGAAGGACCGGAUUAUUACUAUGAACACUUGGAGUAGUGAACUGAGUAAACUGGCGGCGAAUGCAUUCCUUGCUCAAAGGAUCUCCAGUAUUAACUCUAUGUCUGCUGUCUGCGAGGCUACUGGAGCUGAUGUUUCCGAGGUGGCCGAGGCAAUUGGUAGAGAUACUAGGAUUGGACCUAAGUUCUUGAAGGCUAGUGUUGGCUUUGGAGGAUCAUGUUUUCAAAAGGAUAUUCUUAACCUGGUUUAUAUCAGCGAAUGUUUGAACCUGCCUGAGGUUGCUGAGUACUGGAGCCAGGUGGUUUCAUUCAACACCUUCCAGCGCUCCAGGUUCUCCAGGAGGAUUAUAGAGUGCCUCUUCAACACCGUCACAGACAAGAAGAUCUGCAUUCUUGGGUUCGCGUUCAAGAAAAACACAGGCAGGGUUGCCAAAGGAGAUACUAGAGAGUCUGCUGCAAUCUACAUAUCUCGUCAUCUGAUGGAGGAGGGAGCUAAUCUAUCCAUAUAUGAUCCUAAGGUGAGUAAAGGACAGGUUCGGAUAGAUCUAGAAGAUAGUGAGAACCCGGAGAGAUUUGAUAAACUUGUAUCCUGUCACUUAGAUCCUUACACUGCAGCAUCUGAAGCUCAUGCUGUCGUUAUAUGCACAGAGUGGGACGAAUUCCUAACACUAGAUUACAAGAGAAUGUAUGAGAGUAUGAGAAAGCCCGCGUUCCUGUUUGACGGCAGGAAGAUGCUGGAUCAUGAACAGCUGGGGAAAAUUGGAUUCCACGUGGAAACUAUUGGAAGACGACUUAACCGUAGGAACAUAGAACGAACCUGGAACUAAAAUAGUUGUAAUUAAUCUGUAAUAAACACAAUAUUUAUAAAAAACGAAAAAAUUUUACCUAUUGUUUACUGAAACUGGACAAAGUAUUACAAAACUUUUUUCACUCAAACGCACCUUGUAUUAAUACAUUUUCACAAAAAAAAAAUCUUUCCAAAGCACAGACAUUUUUUCUGAACCUUUUUAUAUAUAACAAGACCGUCAAGCAUCAGACGAAAAUUUAAUAUGAAUGAAACUGGAUAAUUUGCUGAUAUAGAUUUAACCGUGAGCAUUUUAACCUGUGAUUUUAAACUUUUUGUUUUAAAAUUUUUACUGUUUUAAUUUUAAAUAAUAAAAAUGAUAAAUUUA